AUUAAAUUGGGUUUGGCGAGGAAAAGAAGGGGAGAGAAGGCAGCCAGCAGCAGGAGAGGGGUGAAGCUAACCUAACCUAGCUCCGGAAACCCUAAUUCGGCCUCCAAGAAGCUGAUUCUCAUCCUGAAGCUUGAAUCUUUGCAACAACCAAUCUAUUGGUCCGCCAUCGUCCUUCUACUUCGAUCAAUCUGACCUGUUCAGGGGUUUGCGGAGGAAAAAAAUCAGGUGGAACCUAAGACACAUUUGCAGAAGAUAAAGAGGGAUAAUGGCUGUUCCUGGUUUCAUCAAACAAGUUAUAUAUGAUGAUGCUGAUGAUGAUGAUGGGCCUACAAUUUUUAAAAGGACAAACCCUGCUUCCAAGCGAAGUCAGUUAAAUUCGGCUUCUAAGAAACCAGCAUCUCAAAAGCACAUUAACUCUUUGGGAAAGCUCGCAGAUAAAGGUACUCCAAAUUAUGGGAAUUCCAAUUUUCCAAAGAUUGAGAUGACUUGUACUGUGAAGGCACCAAGCGAGAAAUCUAAGUCUAUAAUUGCUGGCUCAAAUUCUAGGACUGCAUUACCUGAUCAGUCAAAACAUUUUGCAGAACAGAAACUGACAAGUAAUAAUAACAAAACAACACAUUAUAAUUUUUGUGCUAAUGCUGAAAACUCAGAUGAUUCAGAUGAUGACAAACCAUUAAGUCACAGACUUAAUGCAGUUUCUACGGUGGUUCAGAAGAACAAUUCCAUGCAUAUGGAGAAAGUGGUAAAUCAUUCUUCUGAACAUAAAUUGGCAACUAGCUGCAAGGGGAAGAUGACUCUGGAUAAGCCAUGUGGUAAAAAUGAGGAUUCUGAUGAUUCUGAUGAUGAUAAGCCAUUAAGCUCCAAAUUUUCUUCGUCAGUGGUUGCUGGGAAAAACAGCUCCUUGCAUGCCAAGCAGGCGCUCGAGUCCCCCAGGCAUACCUCACUCUCAUCACAAAAGCCAAAAGAAAGUACCAAGGAAGAUUCUGAUGAUUCAGAAGAUGAUAAGCCAUUGCUCUCUAGGUUCCAACCAAAAUCCACUGGUGGUGCAUCUACAAAAAAUUCUCACUCUGUUGAGAAGCCUUUGGCUUCUAAAGUUAAGCCUAAUGGUUCCAUCAAGAAGGAAGCAAGUAAUGAAUCAAAUCCAAAAGGUGCAAACAAGCGUCCUCUUGGUGAUACCAAUAAUCCUAUAUAUUCUUCAAUUAAAAAGGCAAAAGUCUCUGAUUCCUCUCACCCUAUAAAAAUUAAGCAAGAAGUUGUAAAGAAAGAAACAGAUAAAGAUGACGAUGACCAUAUACCAGUUGCACAAAGAAUAAAAAAAUCAGGGUCAUCAGACAACAAAUCGUCCACCAAUAAAGUGAUGAAGAAGAUCACUUCUUCGUCAUUCAAGAAGGAUGGCAAGAAAAUGAAGAAAGCAUUGAAGGGUUCGAAAUUCUCAAAGUCCCUGAAUGUGCCUCCUGGAUCUGGUGGGGGUCAGAAAUGGACUACCUUGGAGCACAACGGUGUUAUUUUCCCUCCGCCUUACAAGCCUCAUGGGGUCAAAAUGCUCUACAAUGGGCAGCUAGUUGAUUUGACUCCUGAACAAGAGGAGGUUGCAACGAUGUUUGCAGUUAUGAAGGACACAGAUUACGCCACCAAGCCAAAAUUCAUUGAGAAUUUUUGGAAUGACUGGAAACAAAUACUGGGUAAAAGUCAUGUCAUUAAAAAAUUUGAACUCUGUGAUUUUACUCCAAUCUAUGAAUGGCAUCUGAGAGAGAAGGAGAAGAAAAAACAGAUGAGUGCCGAGGAGAAGAAGGCCUUAAAAGAAGAAAAAUUGAAGCAAGAGGAGAAAUACAUGUGGGCUAUUGUUGAUGGUGUAAAAGAGAAGGUGGGGAAUUUCAGAGUUGAACCACCAGGAUUGUUUCGAGGCCGUGGAGAGCAUCCAAAGAUGGGAAAGCUGAAAAAACGCAUUCGGCCAAGUGAUAUUACCAUCAAUAUCGGUAAAGGUGCACCGAUUCCGGAAUGUCCGGUACCUGGUGAAAGGUGGAAGGAAGUAAAACAUGAGAAUACUGUUACAUGGUUAGCAUUUUGGAAUGAUCCAAUAAAUCCGAAAGAGUUUAAAUAUGUAUUUUUGGCAGCAAGCAGCACAUUGAAGGGACAAAGUGACAAAGAAAAAUAUGAGAAAGCCAGACUGUUGAAGGAUUACAUUCAUAAUAUUCGUGCAAAUUAUACAAGGGAUUUUACUAGUAAAGAUGCUACAAAGCGGCAAAUAGCUGUGGCCACUUACCUUAUCGAUAAGCUAGCGCUUAGGGCAGGCAAUGAGAAGGAUGAUGAUGAGGCUGAUACUGUUGGUUGCUGCACUUUGAAAGUGGAGAAUGUUUUGAUCCCUCCAAAUAAGUUGCAGUUCGACUUCCUUGGUAAAGAUUCUAUUAGAUAUUUCAAUACUGUGGAGGUUGAGCUACCUGUCUAUAAAGCAAUUGGAGAAUUCCGGACUGCAAGAAAAAGUGAUGGAGAAGAUCUCUUUGACUUGCUGGAUACAAGUAAGCUUAAUGCUCAUCUGAAGGAACUCAUGCCUGGUCUUACUGCAAAAGUUUUUCGUACAUUCAAUGCUUCCAUUACUUUGGAUGACAUUUUGAAUAAGGAAACCAAGGAGGGUACUCUUCCAGAAAAAAUUGCUGUUUAUCAGCAUGCAAACAAAGAGGUAGCAAUCAUAUGUAAUCAUCAACGCAGUGUCUCCAAGUCUCAUGAUGCCCAGAUGUCAAGAUUGAAUGAAAAGAUAAUGGACUUAAAGACCCAAAGGGAGGAAUUGAAGGUGGAUUUGAGUAGGGCAAGGAAAGGGAAGCCCCCAUUAAAAGAUCGAGAAGGGAAGACAAAGCGGAACUUGUCCCCUGAAGCGUUAGAGAAGAAGAUUGCUCAGAUUGAUGCAAAGAUAGAGAAGAUGGAAUUGGACAAAAAGAUAAAAGAAGAUUUGAAGACGGUAGCUUUGGGUACAUCAAAGAUCAACUACCUGGAUCCUAGGAUAUCGGUUGCAUGGUGCAAGCGCCAUGAAGUUCCAAUUGAGAAGAUAUUUAACAAGUCAUUACUUGGGAAAUUUGCUUGGGCAAUGGACGUCGACCCCGGCUUCAGAUUCUAACAGAUCAGUUAUUGGCGUACUUCAUUUUUCUUGCACUAAGAUGGAGAAAUGCCUCCUGGCAGCUGUCUUAAAUUAAUUUUAUUUAGAUGGGGAAAAAAUAUAAUGUUGUAAGAUCAUGUUUUUCGACGCUCGUGGGCGUCGAGAAGCCUCCGGCAUUACUUGUAGGAACUUCUGUCAAAUGUACUACAAUUCAAAUUAGUUGAGAAAUUGAGUUCUUGUUAUUGGAAAUUUGUUUCUUAAACACAUUGCUUCAAGGAUUGUCAUUCUUCGACAUUGAUUUGCA